AUCACUGAGCAUGCGCAGAUCAGUGGCAGGUUACACGAGUUUAUUUUCAGCCUUUCUCGUCAAGACGCGUUGUGAUGGUGUAAACUGAUCGUGGCCAAGCUUUCUGCGCACACGACAAUGUUUUACCUGAACUCGUGCAGUUACAGAACAUAAGUGGGAACGUCUCCGGAGCACCGAAGCGUGGAAUUUAGCAGUGACAUGUGAAAUGUUGCUGCGUGGUUUGUCGGUAUUUCCAGGUGGCAACGGACAGACCAAGCCAGGCUAACUUAGCUUAGUUGACUAGCUAAGCAGCUCGGUUAGCUACCGCUAAAGCCUCCGCAGACUGAAUGUGUUACAACGUUAAUGUGCACUCGGCGUUUGUCACAGCUUGGCAUGUCUGGAAGCGCCCGGUAAUAACAUCUACCGAUUGUCAAGUUUCAUAAUCAUACCGCUGUUUGGAUGCAUAGACGGGGCGACGGAGCAACUCGGCUAAUGUUUGCUAGCUACUUGUGUACGCUGUGAGUGAGAGUGAGUGGUCCCAUAAGCCAUUGAUUCCGGUCUUCAAAGGUUCCUUUUGACAUCCAGCAUGUCCUUUUAACCACACUCAGUUAACGUUAAAACAGCGCUGAAAUGCAGCGCUGAUAACUUACAUGCUAACUGUUAGCUAGGAGCUCGCGUCGCACGACCCCCUUCAAAUUGUUUUGGCUGACAUGGCAGCCAGUGGAUACUCUGACCUGAGGGAGAAGCUGAAAUCCAUGACUCCACACAGAGACGAGGAGAAAACGAAAUACGUGGAUGGGACGAGAAACGGCAGCGGAAGAGGUCGAAAGCGUAGGUUUCGAGAGUCUGACGACGAUGACUAUGAGCACAGUGAUGACAGCGCGGACCUCCGGGAGCAGGAGGCCCGCCGGGUGAGGAGCAGCAUCCUGCAGAAGAGCAUCUUCACACCGGAGGAGUGCGCUCUCAUCGAGGAGAAGAUCGACGACGUGGUUGCCCAAGGAGAGGCUGGACUUUACCGUGAGCACACCGUGGACAGAGCACCCCUCCGCAACAAGUACUUCUUUGGGGAGGGGUACACGUAUGGAUCCCAGCUGGAGAAGCGUGGACCGGGCCAGGAGAGGCUGUACCGCAAAGGGGAGGUGGAUGAGAUCCCAAGCUGGGUGCACGAACUGGUGAUCAAGCGUCUUGUGUCCUGUGGGGUGAUCCCGGAAGGGUUUGUCAACAGUGCAGUCAUCAAUGAUUAUCAGCCAGGCGGCUGCAUUGUGUCACAUGUGGAUCCUCUGCACAUCUUUGCACGGCCCAUCGUCUCAGUGUCCUUUUUCAGUGACAGCGCACUCUGCUUCGGCUGCCGCUUCCAGUUCAAACCGAUCCGGGUGUCGGAGCCCGUGUUUGUCCUGCCUGUGAGGAGAGGAAGUGUCACAGUACUCAGUGGUUAUGCUGCUGAUGACAUCACCCACUGCAUUAGACCCCAAGACAUCAAGCAGCGGCGUGCUGUUAUCAUCCUUAGAAAAACCAAACCUGAUGCCCCCCGACUGGACUCUGACGGCCACUUAAGCUCUUAUCCUGCAGAGAGACCAGCUCCUCUGAAAGCCAAGCGCUCUCAUCGCAAAGCAGACCCUGAUGCUGCUCACAGGCCGAGAGUUCUAGAGAUGGACAAGGAGGAGAACAGACAUCCGUCAGUGUCCCGCCAUCGCCGUCACAGCAUCAGCUCAGAGAACUACUGGAGGCGUGGACAAGACUCUGACAAACACCGGGAGAGCUCAGGGCGCAAAGUCAAAAUGAGACGCCACUGAGCACGUCUCCAUUCCCACAUGUACACGUAUAAAUAUACUCGCUCUUUUAUGUAUUUCAGCAUCGCAACAUUCUUUGGUCAGUCAUCGUUUUCUUGCUCUGCUUUUAGUCUGGCACGAGGAGCACAGUCAUCAUGUCGUCUGCAUUUUGAUUUGAGCCUGGUUCAGUUUGAGUGCAUUAUUUGUUUCUGGCAGACAAAGCUGGCGUCUCUGCUACGCAGUACAGAGCCUUGAGUUACUUAAUACAGUUAGGCUGACCCUUAAAUUAAUGAUUUCUUGUUUCUAUGUCCAAAUACUUAAAAAUGGCAUGUAUUUUUUUGUAACCAAGAUGUACAGACUGCAAGAGGUAAAAGGAAGAUGUAUGUAUGGAUUUGUACAAAAAGAAACCUGAGCUGUAAUCUAACUUGUUAUAAUGUACAAUAUGUUUGUAUAGUCUUUGGUUUGGGGAACUUUUAUGCAGAAAGAAACAUUUGAUUAUAUUUCUGAUCCGCACCCUCCCUGUGCCAUUCCAGAUCUUUGCUAUUUGUUCUCUUUGGCCUCCCUGUUGCAGUUUGAGUUGAAACAACUGGCACAUGUGCAGUCAUGCUGUCUAUGUUAUGAUUUGAUUCAGCUGUGUGGUGAAGGUCACAAUAUGGUGCAUCAACCAAACUGAAGCUUUACGGUGUUGUGAAAAACUCAGGCCUUGUUUUACACUCCUGUUUCAGUCUGAAGUUGUUUUACCUUAUAUAGUGACAUUUGCUGGCACUGCCGCUCUGUAAUGAAUCAAACAUUUCCUUGUGCAAAUUGGGUGAUAUUUGGAUCAAAACUAAAUUGAGCAAAACCAUCCCUGUUCUCUCUUGUUUAACUGGUAUCUGAACAUGCAGGCAAGGAGAAACUGAAGUUCCUGUUGAAUUUAUCCUUGCGGUUUGCUGUGUAAACACAGAUAAAUUUGUUUCUUGCUCUCAGUCAGCCAUACUUGGCCGAGGUACUUGUUAGCUGACUGCUAGGUUAGUCUUGAGUUACAUAUGAACAAAAAUAAACUUGGCUCAGAGGAGAAAUGACUUUCUAAAAA